UGUUUACAAAACAACCAUGGCAAGUAAAGCUCCAGCGAUUGGGAUUGACCUUGGAACAACUUUUUCCUGUGUCGGUGUAUUUCAACAUGGGAAAGUAGAAAUCAUUGCCAACGACCAGGGUAACAGAACAACACCCAGUUAUGUGGCAUUCACAGAUACCGAACGUCUCAUUGGAGAUCCCGCUAAAAACCAGGUAGCCAUGAACGCUGCUAAUACAAUCUUUGAUGCUAAAAGGCUGAUAGGACGCAAAUUUAAUGAUGAGAGUGUGCAAUCAGACAUGAAACAUUGGCCGUUCAAAGUCGCAAAUGAUGGAGGAAAACCAAAACUUGAAGUAGAAUACAAGAAUGAAACAAAGCGAUUUACACCGGAGGAAAUCAGCUCCAUGGUACUGACCAAAAUGAAGGAGACGGCAGAGGCGUACUUGGGACAGAAGGUGAAGGAAGCCGUGAUAACAGUCCCAGCUUACUUCAAUAAUGCUCAGAGAGAGGCCACUAAAGAUGCCGGCAUGAUAGCCGGUCUCAAUGUUCUCAGGAUUGUAAAUGAGCCUACAGCUGCCGCCUUGGCCUAUGGACUCGAUAAAAACCUCUCGGGUGAGAAAAAUGUACUCAUCUUUGAUCUGGGUGGAGGAACAUUUGAUGUCUCCAUCCUUACCAUUGACGAGGGUUCUAUUUUCGAAGUUCGCUCAACUGCUGGUGAUACUCAUCUUGGAGGGGAAGAUUUUGACAACAGAAUGGUGAAUCACUUUAUGCAAGAAUUUAAGCGCAAGUAUGGUAAAGAUAUUUCUAACAAUAGUCGUUCACUAAGGAGACUCAGGACGGCCUGUGAACGUGCCAAAAGAACAUUAUCCAGCAGCUCCGAAGCUAACAUUGAGAUAGACUCUCUCUUUGAGGGCAUUGACUUUUACAGCAAAAUCACUAGAGCAAGAUUCGAAGACUUGUGUGCAGAUUUGUUCCGUGCUACCCUGGAACCAGUAGAAAAAGCUCUUAGGGACGCCAAAAUGGACAAGUCUAAAAUCCACGAAGUUGUCUUGGUAGGUGGAUCAACAAGAAUCCCGAAAAUCCAAAAAAUGCUUCAGGAUUUUAUGGGUGGGAAAGAGUUGAACAAAUCCAUCAAUCCAGAUGAAGCCGUCGCCUAUGGUGCUGCUGUCCAGGCUGCCAUUUUAAAGGGAGACAAAAGUGAUGUAAUCAAGGACGUUCUCCUGGUUGAUGUUGCUCCACUGUCUCUAGGAAUAGAGACGGCCGGAGGAGUCAUGACAAAAAUCGUUGAACGGAACACCAAAAUACCGACCAACGCCUCUCAGACGUUCACUACAUAUGCUGAUAACCAACCAGGGGUGUCCAUUCAGGUUUUUGAGGGCGAAAGAGCAAUGACCAAAGAUAAUAACAAACUUGGUAGGUUUGAACUGAACGGAAUCUCUCCUGCACCCCGUGGUGUCCCUCAAAUAGAGGUUGAGUUUGACAUCGACGCAAAUGGAAUCUUGAACGUUUCCGCGAAGGACAAAUGCACAGGCAGGUCCAACAAAAUCACCAUCACCAAUGACAAAGGUCGCCUGAGUAAAGCGGACAUUGACAGAAUGGUGAACGAGGCUGAAAAAUAUAAGGAAGAAGAUGAGAAACAGCGGCAGAGGAUAGCAGCUCGGAAUCAGCUGGAGUCGUACGUGUUCGCCGUCAAACAGGCCGUGGAUGACAGCGGCGAUCAGCUGCCGUCAGAGGACAAGGAGGCUGUCUCCAGGGUCUGUAGAGAAACCCUGACCUGGCUGGAGAACAACAGUCUGGGAGAGGUCGACGAGUACGAGUUCCAUCUGAAGGAUGUCCAGAAGGUGUGCUCCCCUAUCAUGGCCAAACUUCAUCGGAACGGCUCCACCGGAAACUCGAAUCACGCAGGCUCACACCAAGGACCCAAUGUAGAGGAGAUGGACUAGAAUUGUGAACGUAUAGACUCAUUGUUAAAAACCUCAUAAGUAUUGUGAUAUUAUAGUGUACUUUCAAUGAAAGACUUUUCAUUUCAGCAUUAUAAUUGUAAGUUAAAAUGCUAGGAAUAUGUGUUGAAAUAUGUAUCCUAUGUUCGGAUAAAUAAUGCUAUAGUUCUAUGUUAUAAUUUUAUACAUAUUUAUUUGUUUCUUUAUUUUUUGUUGUGUUUUAAUAAAACUACAUGACACUAAA